ACUCAUUUAAAAGAGAUCAGGGUUAAUUUGAACGUUUAUUCUGACAUGGAAAGUCAUAUUUCACUACAGUAGUAGUAGCUUAAUUAGCUACUAGUUACUACUUUAUCAGCACUUUAUGAUAGCUAACAUUUAACAUUAUCCCAGCUAACAUGCUAACAUAGAGUAACAUUACCUAACUAGCUAAACUUAAUGUUGAAUUAAAUUAACAAAGCUGUCAUUUGUUGUUGCCAAAACAACAGAUGAUCAUACAAUCUUCAUCUUCAGAUACAUCUGUCCCUUGUUGUGUUAACUAACAGCUGAUUGAGAUGGCAUCCCCCAAACACAAGGGUUUCAUCAGGAAGAAGCCCAACUCAGAGCUUGAUGUGGUUGUCAGCAGUCUGAGGAAGGACAACGCCUAUCUGAAGAAGAGCCUGGCUGAGCUGUCUCGUCAACACUCACAGCAUAAUAUGCUCGUAAAGAGAUUCCUCUCUCUUGAAACUGUCAGGCUGGAGAGUUGUCAGCAGCUCAAGGCCAAAGACGAGGAGGCUUUGCCAUCAGAGCAGCUGAGUAAGAAAGAAGGGAAUCUGAUGGACGUAGUGAGUAUGAGGAGAAAGAGAAGCAUAUCCAGUUACUCCAGAGAGAUUGAAGAAAUCAAGAACCAAGUUGUGAGCGUCUCAACUAGGUGUCAGUAUCUCGAGAACAAAGUUGCACGGAAGAAGGACUCCGCUUCAGAUGAAGGGGCCUCGACCAACACCGUAAGAGAGCUCAAAAUUCAACUCAGUGAUGCCUUGGAGAAGAACGAGCAGUGGCUGGAAUAUGACCAGCAGAGAGAGGCCUAUGUGAGGGCAACUCUGGCCAGAAUGUUGUGGCUGGAGAAGCGGGUGAACAAAGCCAAUCAGGCCUGCUCACAGCAGCACAAUGAGGACCAUUCAGAUGAGAGGGAGCGAAUAAGCCAGAUGCAGGAGCACUAUGAAAAACUGUUACAGAAAGCCAGAGAUGAGCUGGAGGCGCUGAGGGAGCAGGUCGACACGACCCACCAGAACCUGAUAAUAAUCCAAAACAGGUGCAAGGAAAGGGAGAGUGAGGUGGAAGAGCUCAUGCAGCAGCUGCGGACUGAAAAUAUGAGCAGAGAAAACACACUGGAAGAUCAACAUUGCUCUGAGGAUGAAGAGCAAUGGCUGACUGCCGAGACUGAAAACCUCCAGAGCAUACUGGAUGAGGAGAGGCGCAGGUCGGCUAACUUUGAGCUGCAGUCGAUUCUCUUUAAGAAGUGUUUGUUAAAUCGCCACCAUGCAGACCAGAAAAAGAUUGCAGACCUGGAGCGACAGAACUCUCAUUUCAGUGACUUUGUGGACAAACAGACCAAAUACACCACCAAAUGCAUGAUUACCGCUCCUAUUAUGUGUGAAAAGGAACCCAUCGGUGUCAUCAUGGCAAUCAACAAACAAGGCGCUGAUGAAUUUUCGAAGAGCGAUCAGGACCUCUUCACUAAAUAUGUGAACUUUGCUACCGUGGUCGCUCUCCAAGCCCACACAACUUGCAUGUGGGAUGUAGAGUCCAGGAGAAGCCAGGUGCUGCUGUGGUCAGCCAGCAAAGUUUUUGAAGAGUUGACUGAUAUCGAGAGGCAGUUUCACAAAGCCUUGUACACAGUGAGGACAUUUAUCAAGUGUGAGAGAUACUCUGUAGGACUCCUGGACAUGACCAAAGAAAAGGAAUUCUUCGAUGAGUGGCCAAUCAAACUAGGAGAGCAGGAGCCAUACAAAGGCCCCAAGACACCAGAUGGCAGAGAAAUCAACUUCUACAAGAUUAUUGACUACUUGCUGGAAGACAAAGAGGAGAUUAAAGUUAUCCCCGGCCCUCCUGCAGACCACUGGGCUUUGGUCAGUGGACUCCCAUCAUAUGUGGCUGAGAAUGGAUUUAUCUGCAACAUGAUGAAUGCUGCAGCGGACGAUUACUUUGCAUUUCAGAAAGAAGCGGUGGAUGAGACUGGAUGGAAGAUUAAGAACGUCGUCUCCCUCCCCAUCGUCAACAAAAAGGAAGAAAUUGUUGGCGUGGCCACUUUCUACAACAGAAAAGACGGCAAACCAUUUGACGAGAAUGAUGAACAAAUUACAGAAGCUCUAACCCAGUUCCUCGGCUGGUCCACCCUGAAUAGCGACACAUAUGACAAACUGAACAGGACAGAGUGGAGGAAAGAUAUUACCCAGGAAAUGCUCAUGUACCAGACAACAGCCACGCUAAAUGAUGUGCAGAGCAUUCUGAACACUCAAGAGAAGUUUGGCUCUGCACCAGAGGACUGUGACCAGAAGGAGAUGUACAAGCUUUUGAGAGCCAACAUCCCUGACGCCAAGACGGUGGAGCUACAUGAGUUCCGCUUCAGUGACUUCCCCUUGUCAGAGUUGGAGCUCAUCAAGUGUGGCAUCCGCUGCUUCUUUGAGCUGGGGGUGGUGGAGAAGUUCAAGGUCCCAGCUGAGAUCCUGACACGAUGGAUGUUCACCGUUCGCAAGGGAUACCGUGACAUCACCUACCACAACUGGAGGCACGGCUUCAAUGUGGGACAAACCAUGUUCAGCCUGCUGCUAACGGGUAAACUGAAGAAGUAUUACUCCGAUCUUGAGGCUUUUGCCAUGGUUGCUGCCGGAUUCUGCCACGAUAUCGACCACAGAGGAACCAACAAUCUCUACCAGACAAAGAGUUUAUCCCCUCUGGCAAAGCUGCACACCUCCUCCAUUAUGGAGCGGCAUCAUCUUGAGUACAGCAAGUCACUGAUGGAGGAUGAGAACCUGAACAUCUUCGUAAACCUUCAGAAGCGUCAGUUCGAGACGGUGCAGCAUCUGUUUGAAGUUUGCAUAAUUGCUACUGAUCUCGCCUUGUAUUUCAAGAAGAGAACGAUGUUCCAAAAAAUUGUGGAAUCUGUGGAGACGAUGCCAGAGGAGAAAGAGCGAAUCAACUACAUCUCCACCAAUCCAACCAGGAAGGAAAUUAUCAUGGCGAUGAUGAUGACGGCUUGUGACCUGUCAGCCAUUACAAAGCCAUGGGAGGUUCAGAGCAAGGUCGCUCUAAUGGUGUCAGCAGAAUUUUGGGAGCAGGGAGACCUGGAAAGGACAGUCCUUGACCAGCAGCCUAUUCCAAUGAUGGACAGAAAUCAUGCUGCAGAGCUGCCUAAGAUGCAGUGUGGUUUCAUCGACUUUGUCUGCUCCUUUGUGUACAAGGAGUUUUCUCGCUUCCAUACAGAGAUCACUCCCAUGUUCAGUGGGUUGACUAUCAACAGGGGCGAGUGGCGAGCUCUCGCAGACGUCCACGAGGCCAAGAUGAAGGCCAUCGAAGACGAGAAGAAGAAGCUGGAAGGCGGAGGCAAUCAAGAUCAAGAGGCUGGGAAGUCAAAGACAUGCAUUAUCUGCUAGACCUCCAGGACCAUG